UUAUGUUUCAGGGAAAUCAAGCUGGAUUACCGACUGGUACCACCCUCAGUAGGUGAUCAGGUUCUUCCUCUUCCUUCACAGUCAGUUCAAAGUCAAAAUGCCAUAAAGUCUAGGCGUCAGUGCUCGAAGUAGGUGUUCUCUGCUGACUCUACUGUGUGCUGUGGAGAAUGACGGAUUACUGACAGACAGGCAACAGAAAGGGCAAAAUGGCAACUCUGAGAAAGGGGGAGUGGGUGUGGUUGGACUCAGAAUUUGGGGUCCCCAUUGGAGCCCGAGUCAAAGUAACCCCAUCAGGUCAACGCUUUUUGGUGGAUGAUGAUGGACAGGAGCAAUGGCUUUCUCCGGAGCUAGAAGCCAGUGUCCGAACCAUGCACCCUACAUCAGUGGAAGGAGUGGAUGACAUGAUCAAACUCGGAGACAUGACUGAGGCUGGACUUCUGCGAAAUCUCCAGCUGCGUCACAAGAAAGGCAUCAUCUAUACGUACAUCGGGUCUGUGUUGGUGGCAGUAAACCCUUACCAGAAUUUCCCAUUGUAUUCAAACGAAAAGAUAAAGUUGUAUCAUGGGCGAAAGCUUGGAGAACUCCCUCCUCACAUCUUUGCCAUCGCUGAGUCCUGCUACUACAACAUGAAACGCCAUUCGAGGAACCAGUGCUGUAUAAUCAGUGGAGAAUCUGGAGCUGGAAAAACAGAAAGCACCAAGUUGCUCCUCCAUUAUUUGGCUGCUGUAAGUGGGCAGCUCUCUGAACAGGAGAUAGAGCAACAAAUCUUGGAAUCAAACCCAAUUCUCGAAGCUUUUGGAAAUGCAAAAACAGUUCGCAAUGACAACUCCAGUCGCUUUGGGAAAUACCUGGAGAUCUUCUUCAAUAAGAGCGGAGUGAUCGAAGGUGCACGUGUCGAGCAGUAUCUUUUGGAGAAAUCUCGUGUGUGCCAUCAGAGUCUGGAGGAACGCAACUACCACAUUUUUUACUGCUUGUUGGCUGGACUAUCAGAGGAGGAGAAAAAAGUGUUAAGCCUUGGACAUGCCAAAGAAUACACAUUUCUUACUAAGGGAGGUUGUAUCCUUUGUGACAGCAGAGAAGAUGAUAAAGACUACCAACGCAUCAGUGCAGCAAUGAAGGUUCUGACCUUCUCUGAGAACCAGUGUCAGGAUGUUGUGAAGCUACUGGCAGCCAUUUUACAUUUGGGAAAUGUUAGAUUUGAGGCAAACACACAAAAUAACUUGGACACGUGUGACAUCAGCAAAUCAAAGCACUUCAACGUAGCAGCAUCACUGUUACAGGUGCCGAAAUCGUCUCUGACCAACAGUUUGACCCAGCGCUCCUUCAUGACGAACAGAGAGAGAGUGACCAAGCCCCUGAGCUGUGAACAGGCAUCUGACUGUAGAGACGCCGUUGUGAAGGCCAUCUACAAUAAACUGUUCAUGUGGAUAGUGAAUAAGAUAAACACUGUAAUUUACAAGAAACUACAGACAAACCACAAAUCCUCCUUCCUGUCGGUGGGACUCUUGGACAUUUUUGGCUUUGAGAACUUUAACAAAAACAGUUUUGAACAGCUAUGCAUAAAUUUUGCCAAUGAGAAGCUACAGCAGUUUUUUGUGGGACAUAUUUUUAAACUGGAGCAGAAAGAGUAUCAGAAGGAAGGUAUUGUAUGGAAUAACAUCACCUUCAGCGAUAACCAAAACAUUCUAGAUCUACUCGCUGUCAAACCAUGUAACCUGCUAGCUUUGAUUGAUGAGGAAACCAGUUUUCCAAAGGGUACAGAUGGCACCCUGCUAAUCAAGUUGAACACCCAGCAUAAACGAAGCAAAUUAUACAUCCCUACAAAGAGUGAGCACGAUACAGACUUUGGGGUUCAUCACUUUUCUGGUGUGGUCUACUACAAUUCUCAAGGAUUUCUGGAGAAGAACAGAGAUGCCAUCAGCUUUGAUGUGAUCAGAAUGGUAGAAUCCUCCAAAAAUAGGUUGCUCCGUCAGACUUUUGAAAGAGAACUUUCUGUGAAUGGAGUCAAUGGAGUCAAAGUGACCAAUAACCACAGGAUCAGCAUAAAACCUCCCACCUCAUUCCGGGGCCAGGCUGAUAACCAUAAACAGGUGCAGACUCUGAGUGGUCAGUUUCGUCAGUCCUUGGACUCCCUCAUGAAGGCUCUGUCUGCCUGCCAGCCAUACUUCAUUCGCUGCUUCAAACCAAACAAUGAUAAGAUUUCAGAGUUUUUUGACAGAGAGCUAUGCAUACAGCAGCUGCGAUACUCUGGAAUGAUGGACACAAUCCGCAUCAGGAAACUGGGAUAUCCCAUUAGACACUCUUUUGUGGAAUUCCUGAAACGGUACAGAGUGCUUCUGAAGACAACCAUCUGCAACCCAAACACUCAAAGUGCUGCAGCCUGUUGUGAAGCCAUCUGCAGAGCUGUGAUCAAACAAGAGGACGAAUGGAAAAUAGGAAGAACCAAGGUCUUUCUAAAGGACGCGCAUGACAUGACCUUGGAGCGGCUGAGGGAAGAAGAGCUAAGCAGGGUUGCUCUAGUCAUCCAAAGAGUCAUGCUGGGAAUCAAAGACAGAAAGUUAUUUCUGAAGAAAAGAGCUGCAGUUUUAGUGUUACAGAAACACUGGAGAGCUCACAUGAAGGAUAAAGCACAAAGAAAGAUCCAGCUUGGUUUUGAACGACUCAUAGCCGCAAUAAAAAACAAACAGCUGCGAAAACAGUACAUACGACAGCGAGCAGCAGCCAUCACAAUACAGUCUCAGGUUCGGGGAUACAUGGCAAGAAAGAAGUGGAACCAAAUAAAAAGAGAUAGACAAAAAGAUGAGAUGAGGGACAAGGGGUACUUUGCUGCAACGCAAAUUGAAAUAAUGCAAAAACAGCAAGAGAUCAGUGAGAAAAUGUCAAGGGAGGUACAAGAGGGACUCCAGUUAAUGGAGGAUGCAGUGGUGGAUGAACUAACGACCGACGGAGAAUCGGAUCUGGAAUCUGCCGAAGGAGAUAUACCUGUGGCUAAAGAAGCUAUGUACAUACCCAAGAUAGUGAUUUCUGAGAAGGAGUCAGACCGAAGUAGGACCUCAUCCAUGGCAGAAGAAGAAGAAGAAGAAGAUGAUUAUUUUGAAGACAGUAGUGCCCCCUUUUCUUUCAACAAGUUCUGCGAUCUUCACUUCCAGGGCAAUGCUUCUCCAUCCCACAUUACACACAGACUCAAAAAACCACUGCUGGCUCAUGACGAUGAAGGAGAUGCUUUGGCCUGUCUCACAGUUUGGUGGAUCAUUCUGCGGUUCAUGGGGGACCAUCCUGAGUCCAGAUCAAAUGACUCGGUGUCACUGGCGUCCAGCACCAUUUCAAGUGCAGUUCCAAACCGAGGGGGCAGAAGACUGAGCAGCCUGGUGGGGAUAGAUGCGCUAUUAUUAAGAAAAAACAAGAAGAAGCUCGGAGGAGGUGGAACAGCAAGAAAAGCAUCUAUUAUCCCGGAGGAGCCAGAAGAAGAAACAGAAGAUAUUCUGAUAGGAGAGGGCCCUACACUGGAUCGACCAAUGACUUCUUUGGAAAAAGUGCACACUAUUAUUGGAUAUGCAAUAUCCAGACCAGGAAUAAGAGAUGAGAUUUAUUGUCAGAUCUGUAAACAGCUGGUCAAUAAUAACAAGAGCUACAGUCGCCAACAAGGGUGGCUUCUUCUGUCCAUCUGUCUCGGCAUCUUCCCUCCCACAGACCUCUUCAUGCAGUACCUGGAGAAUUUCAUCCAAAGAGGUCCUAAUGGAUACAAAGAGUACUGCUCUCAACGUCUGAAGCGUAUAAAGACCAAUGGAGAAAGGAAAGAGGUGGCCUGUUGGAUUGAACUGGAGGCUGCCAGGAACAAAAAGCCCAUUGACACCUCAGUGCAGCUAAUGAAUGACCAGACUGUGACAGUGAGUCUGGACUCUGCGUCCACAUCAGCUGAGGUUUGUCAAACUGUGGCCAACCAGGUCGACUUGGCUGACACCUAUGGAUUCUCUCUAUACAUUAACUUUGAAGAGAAGACAUGGUCCCUGGGCAGCUGUGGGAGACAUGUUUUGGACGCAGUGUCUCAGUGUGAGCAGGAGAUGAGAAGGCAGGGCAAAGAGGAAAAGAACACUCCCUGGAAACUGUUGUUUCGCAAAGAGCUGUUCACACCAUGGCAUGACUGCUCCCUUGACCCAGUGAGCACCACUCUCAUCUAUGAACAGGUCAUUAGGGAAGUAAAGUCUGGAAGAUACACCAGUGACAAGGAGGAUGACUAUGUGCUUUUGGCAGUUCAACACUACUACAUUCAGUUUGGCUCAGAGUAUAAUGCACUCAAUGCCAGGAAGGUGGUUGGUGACUGUAUAACCACAACUCUAAUUGAAAGUAAAUCUAUGAACAAAUGGAUACAACUUAUCAACACCGGACACUCUCAGGCUCUAAAUCACUAUGGCAGGCAAAGCGCAGAUACUACAAAAGAAGAACUAGUUGACUUUGCCAGACAAAAAUGGCCUGUGUUCUUCUCCAGGUUUUAUGAAGUUACAAUGACAUCAGGUCAGUAUACUGCUGAGCAUUUAUGGUGUGUCAGAUGUGACAAUGCUCUGCUCAUCUUUGUAGGACCUGAUCUGGAUAAAAGUCGGUUUAUCGUUGCUGUCAACUGGAGCAGCAUCAUAUUUCUUGAUGGACCAGACAAGCGUUUACUUGAGUUCCCUUAUAUUGAAGUUAAAAAUGCAUCCAUGAAAAGUGAAGGAUACCUCAGUGCUCAGUUGGUCACACUGGCCACUUUUCAAGGAGAGUUUGUGCUGAAAACUGCAGAGGCUGAAGAAAUGACUGCACUUAUAAGGAGAAAUCUAGAGGGACUCCGAGAACGCUCUGACUUUGCAAUCGUCCUCACUGACAACAGUAAACCAGAAGACCCCACUCAUCUUGUAUGUAGACGAGGAGACGUGUUGCAGAUUAGGAAAAAUGAACACCCUCCUCACGACAACAUGUAUAUAGCCACCAAUCAGAGAAACGGCGAUACUGGAGUGGUUUAUAAAAGCAUACUUCAGUUCCUGCCCACUCUCACUAUGCCCAGCCCUGCAGCAAUAAAUGUGCUCAAUCCAAGCCGAAAUGCACCUGCAACACCUAACUUUCCUCAACAUACCGUGGCCCCUGUGUCUUUGAAAGAAUUUGCACUUGAACAUUUCAGUCUGCCAGGUACAGAAGCCGGGCGACAGGGGGUGCGCAGAGGAGUCAGAGAGAAACUGUGGGUCAGCUCCAGAGAGCCACUCAAACAGCCUCUCCUCAAGAGCCUAGUCCGCAACUCGGAUCUCAGCUACUUGGCCUGCAAUGCCUUCACUGCUAUUCUCAAAUAUAUGGGCGACUACCCCAUUAAGCAAGUGCGCAGCCCCAUAGAACUGACGGACCAGAUCUUCGGUCCAGCCACUCAGCACGAGGCUCUGCAGGAUGAGAUCUACUGUCAGAUCAUGAAGCAGAUGACCUCCAACAAUAACAGGCUGAGUAUGACCCGUGGGUGGCAGCUUUUGUGGCUCUGUACAGGCCUUUUUGCUCCCAGCCCCAGUUUAAUGGUUCAUGCCAAACGGUUCCUGGAGUCUCGACCCAGAGACCCCCUGUCUCCUGAGUGUCAGCAGCGGCUGCAAGGCAUACUCAGUAAACCACCUAGGAAACUUCCACCUCAUUUUGUCGAGGUAGAUGCCAUUCAACAAGACAGCACCCAGAUUUUCCAUAAAGUCUACUUUCCAAAUGAAACUGAGAAAAUAGUUGAAGUCUCAUCAACAAUCACAAUCAAGGGUUUUUGCCAAAGAAUUGCUCAUUGUCUCCAACUACUUUCAGCAGAUGGAUAUGGUCUUUACUUGAAAACGAUAAACAAGCCGUUACAAAGCUUAGAAGACCAGGAGUAUUUAUUUGACAGCUUAAGACAAGCUUCAGACCUUCCUAAGAGAAUGAAAGUGAAAAAGAUAAAAGAUGGAAACCAGGCCAGAGUGCCAUACCUGGUCAUCUUAAAGAGAAAGCUCUGGUUCAAUGUGAGCCCAGGAAAGGACUCUGUUGCAGACCUCACCUUUCACUUUCCACAGGAGGUGCCUAAAUAUCUGGAGGGGUACCAUGAUUGUACCAAAGAGGACAUGAUCGAACUGGCUGGGCUGCUCUUCAGAGUGCACGUCGACUCAGACCGAUCACAAUUUGUCAUGAUUCCCAAAAUGCUGAAGGACUUGGUGCCUGCGGAUCAGAUCGGAAUAAUGUCCCCAGAGGAAUGGAAGAAGCAUGUCAUCUCAUCUUACAACCGGCAGAGUGGCAGUACAGUUGAGGAGGCCAAAGUUGCUUUCUUGAAAACAAUAUCAAGCUGGCCUACAUUUGGUUCAUCUUUUUUUGAAAUCAAGCAAACUUGUGAAUCUAGCUACCCGACCAAUCUCAGGAUUGCUAUUAGCAAGCAGGGUGUGAGUCUGAUUGACCCAGCAACAAAAGAGUUACUGGCCAUGUAUCAAUUUAACCGACUCAAAGGCUGGAACAGUAAAGGUGCACAAUUUCAGAUGACCAUAGGAACUCUCUUGGGAGCAGUCACUUUUUUCUGUGAAUGCCCAAAGAGCGAAACAAUGGUAGAUUUGAUACAGUCCUAUGUUAAUAUGUACAAUGAAGAAAGAAAAGUUCAACCAAUUAAAUUGAGGAAUGACAAUUUGUGUUUGUAAACACCAAAUUAUUGCAAUAAGGCAUUUGAGCUGUUUUUUUUUUUUUUUUUUUUUUUUGAUUUGAUGUUUGUGCAGGUGUAACUUAAAAUUCACUGUUCUUUAACAUGUGUUAAUAUUACUAAAAAUAAAUCUUAAAUCUA